UGGUUCUCAAUAAGAAUGCAGAUGUGUUUUCUUCUCCUCUUCCUUAUACAGCUUCAUGUCACUGAAGGCAUAACAAGAACAGCUUCAUUAUCCACACCAGAGAUCCCAACUACUUCACCUUAUUCCAGACCAGAUGUCAACACCACAGUGAUCUAUAAGGAAGUACCUGUACACCCUAGUACAAUUUCCGACCCAGGUGUCACCACCCCAGUGCACUAUACUGAAACAAUUGUACACCUUGAAACAACUUCCUACACAGAGGCACCACUAAGAUCUUCACCAUCCACACCAGAGAUCACAAGAAAUUCACCACAACCCAGAGAAGCUUUAACCACCCCCGUGCACUAUACUGAAACAAUUGUACACCUUGAAACAACUUCCUACACAGGCUGCAGUCUGAAAGGAAAUGGAAAGACAGAAUUUAUCACUACAUACACAGGAGACUCAGUACUGCUGCCCUGCUCCUGCACUGAGCUCCACAGCAAACCUGAGAACUUCACAUGGAAGAAAUACACAAAUAACUGGGCACAGAUAUCUCCUGAGAGUGAUGAGUACAAAGAGAGAUUUCAGCUGGUUAAUGAUCACUCUUCAGGAAAUUUCUCUCUGCUCAUAUCACACCUGAUUGAACAGGAUGGAGGAGGUUACUGGUGUGGUGUUAAAGGGGGUGAAUUCAAAUAUGUCAGUCUCACUGUUAAAGGCUGCAGGCUGAAAGGAAAUAGAUGGAUUGAUAUCACUGCAUACACAGGAGACUCAGUACUGCUGCCCUGCUCCUGCACUGAGCUCCACAGAAAGCCUGAGACAUUCACAUGGGAGAGAAGUACAGAUGGAAAUAACUGGACACAGAUAUCUCCUGAGAGUGAUGAGUACAAAGAGAGAUUUCAGCUGGUUAAUGAUCACUCUUCAGGAAAUCUCUCUCUGCUCAUAUCACACCUGACUGAACAAGAUGGAGGAUUUUACAGGUGUGAUGUUAAAGGGAGUGAAUUCAGAUACGUCAGUCUCACUGUUAAAGGCUGCAGUCUGAAAGGAAAUAGAUGGAUUGAGAUCACUGCAUACACAGGAGACUCGGUACUGCUGCCCUGCUCCUGCACUGAGCUCCACAGAAAACCUGAGACAUUCACAUGGGAGAGAAGUACAGAUGGAAAUAACUUUGCACAGAUAUCUCCUGAGAGUGAUGAGUACAAAGAGAGAUUUCAGCUAGUUAAUGAUCACUCUUCAGGAAAUCUCUCCCUGCUCAUAUCACACCUGACUGAACAAGAUGGAGGACUUUACAUGUGUGAUGUUAAAUGGGAUGAAAACAGAUUCAUCAGUCUCACUGUUAAAGGCUGCAGACUGAAAGGAAAUAGAGAGAUAGAACAGAUCACUGCAUACACAGGAGACUCAGUACUGCUGCCCUGCUCUUGCACUGAGCUCCACAGAAAACCUGAGACAUUCACAUGGAAGAAAACAACAGAUGGAAAUAACUGGGCACAGAUAUCUCCGGAGAGAGACGAGUACAAAGAGCGAUUUCAGCUGGUUAAUGAUCACUCUUCAGGAAAUCUCUCUCUGCUCAUAUCACACCUGACUGAACAGGAUGGAGGAGAUUACAGGUGUGAUGCUAAAGGGGGUGAAUACAGAGACAUCAGUCUCUCUGUUAAAGCUUGCAGACUGAAUCAACAGACAGUGGAUGUGACUGGAAUCGUGGGACAGUCUGUCCUUCUGCCCUGCUCCUGCUCUGAACUACAAGGCAAACCACAGACUUUCAAAUGGGGCUUUUAUAAAGGAUCUGAUGUCAUAAAGAUCUUCCCAAAGCAGCAGACAAAUCUCUACACAAACAGAGUUCAGGUCUUUAAUGAUCAUCCUCCAGGAAAUCUCUCUCUACUCAUAUCACACCUGACUGUAGAGGAUGGAGGAUUGUACAGGUGUGAGAUCGAUGAAAUGACUACAUACAUCUACCUUACAGUGAAAGGCUGCAAUCUGAAAGGAAAUGGAGAGACAGAAGAGAUCACUGCAUACACAGGAGACCCAGUACUGCUGCCCUGCUCCUGCACUGAGCUCCACAGAAAACCUGAGACAUUCACAUGGAAGAAAACAACAGAUGGAAAUAACUGGGCACAGAUAUCUACUGAGAGUGAUGAGUACAAAGGGAGAUUUCAGCUGGUUAAUGAUCAAUCUUCAGGAAAUCUCUCUCUGCUCAUAUCACACCUGACUGAACAGGAUGGAGGAGAUUACAGGUGUGAUGUUAGUGGGGGUGAAUACAGAUACGUCAGACUCACUGUUAAAGGCUGCAGUCUGAAAGGAAAUAGAGAGACAGAAGAGAUCACUGCAUACACAGGAGACUCAGUACUGCUGCCCUGCUCCUGCACUGAGCUCCACAGCAAGCCUGAGACAUUCACAUGGAAGAAAAAUACAGAUAGAAAUAACUGGACACAGAUAUCUCCUGAGAGUGAUGAGUACAAAGAGAGAUUUCAGCUGGUUAAUGAUCACUCUUCAGGAAAUCUCUCUCUGCUCAUAUCACACCUGACUGAACAGGAUGGAGGAGUUUACAGGUGUACUGUUAAAGGUGAUGAAUACAGAUACAUCAGUCUCACUGUUAAAGACUGCAGGCUGAAAGGAAAUGAAGAGACAGAACAGAUCACUGCAUACACAGGAGACUCAGUACUGCUGCCCUGCUCCUGCACUGAGCUCCACAGCAAACCUGAGACAUUCACAUGGAAGAAAAGUACAGAUGGAAAUAAGUGGACACAGAUAUCUCCUGAGAGUGAUGAGUACAAAGAGAGAUUUCAGCUGGUUAAUGAUCACUCUUCAGGAAAUCUCUCUCUGCUCAUAUCACACCUGACUGAACAGGAUGGAGGAUUUUACAGGUGUGAUGUUAAUGGGAAUGAAUACAGAUACAUCAGUCUCACUGUUAAAGGUUGCAGACUGAAUCAACAGACAGUGAAUGUGACUGGAAUCGUGGGACAGUCUGUCCUUCUGCCCUGCUCCUGCUCUGAACUACAAGCCAAACCACACACUUUCAGAUGGAGCUUUAAUAAAGGACCUGAUGUCAUAAAGAUCUUCCCAAAGGUGCAGACAAAUCGUUACACAGACAGAGUUCAUGUCUUUAAUGAUCAUCCUCCAGGAAAUCUCUCUCUACUCAUAUCACACCUGACUGUAGAGGAUGGAGGAUUGUACAGGUGUGAAAUCAACAACAAAAUCACUACAGACAUCAAACUCACAGUAAAAGCUGCACCAACAAGACCUUCAUCAUCCACACCAGUGAUCACAACAACUUCACCUUAUUCCAGACCAGGUUAUACUUUAGAAAGUAAAAAUCUACCUCCAGUUCUCAAUGAUGAAACUACGGUACACACUGACACAUCUGAAAAAGGUGCACCAACAAGACCUUCAUCAUCCACACCUGAGAUCAAAACAACUUCACCUCAUUCCAGACCAGGUGAUACAUUAGAAGGUACAAAACCAGCUCCAGUUCUCAGUGAUGUAACCACUGUACACACUGACACAUCUGAAACAGAUUCUCUUCCCUAUAUACCUGUUGCCAUAGUAACUGUGAUCUUUCUGCACAUUAUUGUGGCUGUGGUUUAUUGCACCCCCAGAAAGAAAGGUUCUGCUAAAGUCCAUUACAGCAGAGGUGAUGAAGAUGGAACAGUGAGUCUGCAGUAGAUAAGACCUCAAAUCGCUGAUCCAUCAAUAAAAUAAUCAAGAGAUUUUUUCAGAAAUAGUCCAGCAUACAUAAAUUAGUAGACACAUUAUCUUUAUUUCUUAUCCAGUUUGUUCCCUCCAACCCUUUUAGACUUCUAACUUUAAAUUUUAUUCUUAAUCAUCCUCUUUUUUUUCUUUUGGCUCUUCUUGGCUACCUCUAGCUCUGACUUCUGUCUCGUCUUCAGUGACACUGUCUCUAAACCAUACAGCAUGGCCGG